UGCCGCUUGCAGACUUCUCGACAUGAGUAAAUCGCAACCACGCCUCUGUCACCGUCUGCUCAAAAGUCAGCCAUACUUCUCUUUUUUUUUUUUUUUUUUAACUUCACUUUCUGUUCCCUAUACGUCUGUCUUGAGUUCUGAUCUUAUUUGCUGAAUCCGGCCGAAAGGAUGGCAGAGAUGGAAGGCCUCGAGUUUGGCAAGUCAGACUUUGUGCUUCUGGAUGAGGUGACCAUGGAGCAGUUUAUGGACAAUCUCAAAUUGAGGUUCGAAAAGGGUCGGAUCUACACCUACAUCGGCGACGUGGUGGUUUCUGUGAACCCGUACAAAGAAAUGGACAUCUACGGGAAAGACGCAAUCGCCGCAUACCGUGGUCGUGAGCUAUACGAGAACCCGCCUCAUCUCUACGCAGUGUCCGACGCCGCCUAUAAGGCCAUGAAAAGACGAGCUAAAGACACUUGCAUUGUCAUAUCAGGUGAAAGCGGUGCCGGGAAAACAGAAGCCAGUAAAUACAUCAUGCAGUACAUUGCGGCCAUCACAAAUCCAAGUCAGAGGGCCGAUGUUGAAAGCGUGAAGAGCGUUCUACUCAAGUCCAACUGUGUUCUGGAAGCUUUCGGGAACGCCAAGACCAAUCGCAACGACAACUCCAGCCGUUUCGGCAAGUACAUGGACAUCAACUUUAAUUUCAAUGGUGACCCCAUGGGAGGUCACAUCAACAACUACUUACUGGAGAAGUUCAUUUUGGUUUUCUUUCCCUUUUUUUUGCAUGACCUGAAGUCCAGAGUGGUUCACCAGCAAGAAGGGGAGAGGAACUUCCAUGCAUUUUACCAGUUUUUACGAGGAGGAUCGAAUGAAACCAUCGCCUCGUUUCACCUGCAAAAUGAUCCGAGUGUUUAUGUGUACACUAAGGAGGGAGCCGGGGCCUCUACGUCGAACAGCGAUCAGUCAAGCCACAAAGCUGUCGUUCAUGCCCUGGAAGUGAUUGGCUUUUCCAAAAAGGAAAUUCACUCAAUUUAUCAAAUUCUAGCUUCCAUCCUCCAUCUUGGUAAUAUCCAGUUUGGGGGUGAUGGUGAGAAUGUUGAAGUUUUGGACCUUGAAGCUGUGAACCACAUCGCAGAAUUGACGGGAACAGACGCCGACAGUGUCGUGAAGAGCUUGCUGUUUCGUACCGUGGCCACCGGCGGUGGCGAGGUCAUUGAGAAAGGUCACACGGAAGAAGAGGCCUGUUUUGGGCGGGAUGCUUUUAGCAAGGCUCUCUAUGAGAGACUGUUUGGGUGGAUUGUCGGACGCAUCAAUGACAUCAUCGAGGUCAAAGAUUACAACCCGGCGCUUCAUGGGAAAAAUACCGUCAUUGGUGUGCUGGAUAUUUACGGAUUUGAGAUAUUUGACAACAACAGUUUUGAGCAGUUUUGCAUCAACUACUGCAACGAAAAGCUGCAGCAACUUUUCAUCGAGCUGAUCCUCCAACAGGAACAAGCCGAAUAUAAUCGAGAGGGUAUCCAAUGGCAACAUAUUGACUACUUCAACAACCAGAUCAUCGUGGAUCUGGUGGAGCAGCAGCACAAAGGGAUCAUCUCCAUUUUGGAUGAAGCUUGUCUCACCGUUGGUAAAGUCACAGACACUGUCUGCCUGGACAGCAUGGACGUCAAACUAGCACAACAUCCUCACUACACAUCCCGAAAGCUCACCCCUACUGACAAAACCAUGGACUUCCAAAAGCACUUUCGAAUCCGCCACUAUGCAGGAGACGUCACAUAUUCCGUCGAGGGCUUUUUGGAAAAAAACAAAGAUCUACUUUUCCAAGAUUUUAAGCGCCUCAUGUAUCACAGCUCCAACCCAGUGAUGAAGGAGAUGUGGCCAGAUGGUCAACUCGGCAUCACGGAGGUCACCAAGCGCCCGCUUACAGCAGCUACCCUCUUCAAAAAUUCCAUUGUGGCUUUGGUGGAUAAACUGGCCUGCAAGGAGCCGUACUACGUGAGAUGCAUAAAACCAAACGAGUUGAAGUCCCCGUUGUUGUUUGAUGAUGCUCGCUGCCAACAUCAGGUGGCUUAUCUGGGUCUUCUGGAGAACGUCAGGGUGCGAAGGGCGGGUUUUGCCUACAGGCAGCCCUACGCUCGUUUCUUGCAGAGGUAUAAAAUGACAUGCGAAUACACUUGGCCCAAUCAUCUGAUGGAUUCCGACCGGGAUGCGGUGGAGGCCAUCGUCAAGCAGCACGGUUUCCAGGACGACGUGGCCUACGGUCACACCAAGCUUUUUGUACGGACGCCUCGAUCGCUCUUUACUUUGGAACAGGAGCGAGCUGCCCUCAUCCCCAUCCUGGUGCUUUUCUUACAAAAGGUAUGGCGGGGAGCUCUCGCUCGUAUGAGGUGCCGGCGGUUGAGGGCCAUUUAUGCCAUCAUGGGCUGCUUUAAGCGCUACAAGGUCAAGGCCCACUUCCGAGAAGUCGAGCAGCGGUUCGCCAAUGUCAGAAACAUGGCCGACUACGGAAAAAGCAUCGAGUGGCCGGCUCCACCUGCCGCUCUGACACAGUUUCACAUCAUCACGGUCAUGUUGCAUCGCAGGUGGUGGGCGAGACAGAUGGUGAAGAAAAUCCCGCCGUCAGACAUGCGUGAGAUUCGAGCCAAAGUCGCCGCUCUGACUACUCUCGGCGGGGAGAGAAAAGACUGGGGCUGCAGUAGAGCCUGGGAGGGAGACUACUUAGCCAAUGUGCGAGACUGCCCUCAAUCCAGUUCCGCCUUCGCUCACUUCUCCCGGGAGCUGAGGAACAAAGACGAGUACAGUCAAGUUCUCUUCUCGGGCUUCUGUAGGAAGGUGAACAGGUUCAACAAAAGCACCGACCGCGGCUUACUCGUGACGGACAAGUAUUUUUAUAAAUUAGAGCCAAAAAAACAAUUCAAGAUCUUAAAGAAAAUUCCCUUGGACACUCUAACAGGAUUGAGCGUGACUAGCGAAGUCGACCAGAUGGUGGCGCUGCACAUAUCUUUGCAGGAUGACGUUCUUCUGUGUUUCCAAUACGGGGAACUCUGUCCCAACCAGGACCGGGUCGGCGAACUGGUGGGAACCUUGGUGGACCACUUUACACGUGUAAGAAAAACACCGUUAGAUGUGAAGGUGUGUCCGUCCGGCAUCCAGGUAAACAUGCGAGGCAAACCCAAGACGGUUACCGUGGAAACCAAGGCGGGCCAAACUCACGCUGAUUUCAAGAAGAGCAAAGAUGGUUUUAUUCUACUGGUUCCGGUCAAGUGAGAGAGUUAUUUCAUCCUGUCAUACAACACAAAUUUUAAAAAAUGCUUUCCUGGUAACAGAAAUAAAAGUUAACAGAAUAAAUUAUUCAAACAGUUUAUGUGCGUUAGAAUUCCCAGUGAUAAAAAAAUCCCCGGUGCGCUCUGUAAAUGACUUUUAAAUAAAUCUGUUUUCUAAAAUA